GUAACACAUCCGGAACACCGCCACUACCUAAAGGUCUCCACGGAAACGCAGCACUCCAAUCUCGUGCCGAGAGGAAGCGGAAGUGCUGUGUGUGAGAUUAUCAGUUGUUGUUAUUGACGCCAUGGUUUGUGAGAAAUGUGAGAAAAAGCUGGGCCGUGUCAUCACACCGGACACGUGGAAAGAUGGAGCCCGAAACACUACUGAGAGCGGGGGGCGCAAGCUGAAUGAAAACAAGGCCUUGACUUCAAAAAAGGGAAGGUUUGAUCCCUAUGGGAAAUCCCGCUUCGCCAUCUGCCGCAUCUGUAAGAGCUCCGUGCACCAGGCCGGCUCCAACUUCUGCCAGGGCUGCGCUUAUAAGAAAGGGAUCUGCGCCAUGUGUGGGAAGAAAGUCCUGGACACCAAAAACUACAAGCAGACG